AUGAUGGUAAAGUCGAAUUUCUUCGUUUUCCUGUUGAUUGCUACCGUUGGGGCGCUGCCGACGAGCGUUUAUGAGAAGGUUCAUUUCUUUUUAACGUUUUUCAUGUUUUUAAGCGAUAAAUUAGAUAGAAGACAGAUUUUUUCCUCAAAAGAUCCGUACUUUACAGACACCUCUCGUUCGCUUUCGAGCCUACUUUAAUAAGUAUUAUUUUUGAUGCCUAGAUUUUCGUAAAAAGAGUGCUAAAUUUUUUUCACAAUGAAUUUUCUGAUUCAACAAAGGUGGAUAGAAAUCUCAACUACUAGGAAAAUAUUUAGUGGUCACUAUAGAGGCUCGCCAAGGACUACUUGGAGAGGACACUAAAGGGGCCACUAAACCCACCUCUAUAGUGGUCAGUAUUUUUCCGUUUUUAGUGGCCACUAUAGAGGUUCUCUAUUUAGUGGCCACUUCAGCAGUUUUUCAUCCAGUAUUCCUUCCAGUAACUCUGAUUAUUUAAAAAAAAAAAACAGAUUGGACCAGUUAUGUUGAUCCAUUGACCCCUAAAGCACUUAGACCUCUAUAGUGGCCCCUAAUUGUUAACCUCUUAAGUGGCCACUAAUUUGACUACUAUAGUGGCCGCCAAAACGUCAAAACCCUAUAGUGGCCACUAAAAAUUUUUCCCAAUAGUGAACGUUUUUUACCUACUGGUUGAACUUUUGAUGAACCUUUGCUAAAGUGUAGGGGGUUCAUGCUCAUCGAAGAAUAUAACUUUCACAGGACCUCAAUCCGAUUUUCACAACAACGCCGAGCCCCAUUGAGGUCGUCACGGCUUCGACUCCAAGCCCAACCGUCGCCGUGACGAAAUCCCUGGAGGAAAUGGAGAUGGGCAUCUACACGGAAGAGACGAUCGCCGCCGAGGAGUACGACUACGCGGCGGCCGACGCGGUGAUCAAAGUCGGCAACCUGACCGAGGAGGCGACGACGUUCGCCUCGCCGGUCGUCCAGCAGAAGAACUCCAGCAAUGGCAUUUGGCAGGAGCUUCGUUACGAGUACACUGGGUGAGCUUCAGAUUCGAAUUGCUGGGUUUUUUUCUGAAGCAAAUACCGUAUACCUUCAUCGCAGGUCUUGAAGCGAAGCUCGUAAAAAAGCGCUGUAUACUGUCGUUUCUUCUUUGUGAAAAGUUUGAGCGAAAUUCAUUAAACAUUCCGUAGCGCGCCAGCUACACACAAAAGAUCUUGCAUUCGCUCCGAAGCACGCGAUCUGUACAUGGGCAUGCGCCUUUAAAUAAUAUUAUCCAAAAAAACUGAGACUUUAGGUCGAGGGUUUUGAAAAAAAUAAUUUGAUAAUUUCAGAGGCGACGGAAUCACCUACCGUCACGCCAUGUCGGUGAGAGCGGCCUUCUGGGUUUUGGUCCUUUUGUCGGCGUCAUUUGGAGCCUCGUUCGCCUUCAUUUUCUUCGUCCUCUCCGCCAUGCUCCUCGACCGGAAGGAAUCGUCGGUUUCUUUCUUGAUUUGAAUAUUUGCUUUAGAUUGAUUAAGUAAACCAUUGACGUUUCCAGGCGAAACAACUACUCCUUCGAGAAGACAGCACCGCCUCAGGAGCCCUCUUCUGAAGUCGAAAGCAACAAUCGCCGAGCCUUUGCCUUCCUCAUCGGCUCCUCGUUCUGCGCUCUUUUCAUGUGCAUCCUCUUCGCCAUCAUUUUCCUUCGUAAUUAA